CAGUUUGGUCAAACUCAUGUUCGUAGCUUCGAGAACACUGUCCAACCAUCUCGUCCUCUGCCGUCCCCUUCUCCUUGUGCCCUCAAUCUUUCCCAACAUCAGGGUCUUUUCCAAGGAUUCAUCUCUUCUCAUGAGGUGGUCAAAGUAUUGGAGCCUCAGCUUCACGAGAAUACUUCUGCUUUUUUGUAACGGUUCAGUGACCUUUCCCCCAUUUCCCUAUUAGGCAUGUGAUAUAGCAUUGGCAAGCAAAACCCUAAAAAAUUCUCCUUUUGGCCAGCUAAGCGAAACCACCCUCGGUCCCAAACAUCCUGUGUGCCAGGCACCUAACUUAGAUACCCUGUUCUUUGCAAAACAUACUGUGAGUCUGAGACAUUCUGACAUCUUCCCUGCAAUCUGUGAAUGUGGCUAAAUAAAAGAUGUUGUUCUGAUACUCCAGCUUCAAGGCACCUUAGACAUAAAGGCAGAUUGAUAAGAAAUUUCAGAUCCUUUCCCUGGACCUGCUUGCCACAUUAAGGCAGCAGGCGCUUUGCUCAGCAGCCUGUGCGCGACUCUCCCGGCUCAGCGAAAUGUCCGGCGACCGAUCUGGGAUGGUGCCCACAGUGGCCUUUGGCCUCCUCUGCCUGGCCUUUGGAAUUGGCCAGAGGCCACCCGCCUGCAAAGGGGACUACGACUGCCCCACGGCCAACCAGGAAGUCUACACCAAAGUAAGGGACGUAACGGAGAUCCCAAAGACCGCCAGCGCCAUCAUCACGGAAAUGAUCUUUGUGGAAACCAGCCUAACACAGAUCAAGGACGGAGCCUUCCGGAACAUGCCCGGCCUGCAGAAAGUCCUCUUCAUCGGCAACAAGAUCAAAACCCUAGAGGUGGGGGCCUUUGAUAACUUGGAGAAACUGGAUGAGCUGGAAAUCACGGGGGCCGAGCUGGACGACCUCCCUGUGGGCAUCUUCCGGUCUCUUCCUCGCUUGAAGAAGCUGAAUCUGCGGGACUCUCAGGUCAAGGGCCUCCAGAAAGGACUCUUUGAGGAUCUUGGGGACCUGGAGGAGAUCUACCUGCAUUUGAACAAGAUCCUUUCUCUCCCUGAAGGCGUCUUCGAUGGGCUCUCUAACCUGACCUUUUUGCACCUGGCCAAGAACAAGAUCGCUGCCAUCCCAGAGGACGUCUUCAAGGAACUUUCUCGGCUGAAGGUCCUUCGGCUGUACGAGAAUGAGAUUGGAGACCUCCCAGAGGGGAGCUUGGACAGCCAGCAGGACCUGACGGAGCUCAACCUCCACAAGAACAAGAUCCGCACACCGUCUCCCAGGCUGCUGAGGAAUAAGCCCAACCUGGAGAAGCUUUUCCUGGAGCACAACCUCUUGGAGACCCUCCCGGAUGAGGCCUUCUUUGGACUGAGGAAGCUGAAGCAGCUGACCCUGGCUUCCAACCGGCUGAAAGGUCUCCCUGGUCGGCUGUUUGGGGAGAUGCCUUUGCUCACCCAGCUGGACCUGAGCAAGAACGCUUUGCAGGCUCUUCCAGUGGGGAUCUUUGCCAACCUCACGGGGCUCACAAAGCUCACCUUGUCCCAGAACCAGCUGGCAGGCCUCCCUCUCGGUGUUUUAGCAGGCCUUCACAAGCUCUCUGAGCUCAACGUGGAGGCAAACAAGCUCUCGUCUCUGGAGGGUCUCCUGCCACCUUCCCUCCCAGGGCUGAAGACCCUGAGGCUCCGCCAGAACCAGCUGGAGACCCUCCCUCUGGGCCUGUUGGACAGCUUCACAAAGCUCACCUCCGUGUAUCUCGGGGAGAAUCCGUGGAGGUGCGACUGCCUCCUUCUCUACCUCCACCGAUGGAUGAGCAGCAAUCCCAAAAAAGUGAAGGACGUCGCAAAGGUCACGUGCGGAAGCCCCAAGGAUCUGCUGGGCCAAGCGGUCAGCUCCCUGGCAGAAAGUCAGCUGGUUUGCCCAACAACCGUGCCCAUUUCAAGCACUGCUCUGCCCACAACCACUUUCCCUCCUCCUGUCACAACAAGGAUGAGCACAACACUCCCCCCACCUCCUACCACUGUUGCUGCAAGCACCACCGUUUCCGAGCCUGCCACCACCACAAAUGCAGCCACCACCCUCAGAACCACAGAGGCUCUGACCUCAACCCCCCAAAUCACCACCCUUGAGAGUCUCACGGAAACCUCACGGAUCAUGACCACCAUUGGGACAUCCUCUGAAACCACCAGCACAGAGCUGGGGAUGGAGGACACCUCCGGGGAGCCCAGUACCCUCCCUCCGUGUACCUACCAGGAUCCGGCAGGUGCCAUCCACCUGGCGUGCGACCAUGACACUUGCCACCAGCAUAGCCAGAGUCACCCACAAGGAGAGAGCCUGCAGGAGGCAGGGCAGCGUUUCAGCAAGGACUGGAUCCUGGACUUGGGCUGUGGCACUGUGAGGGUCCGGGUAGCCAUGAGCAUUGAGCCCUUGCCAGGAGGGGAGGCGGUGGCAGCACCCUCAGAUGCCCCCUGAGAACAGCAUCCCCUGACCUGCCAGUGUGGCCUGGGGAGCAGGGGAGGGGCCCUGCGGAGAGAGGGGGCUCCAGCCCCACCUGAGUCGUGCUGCAUCCUCAUGGGAGCGAGGGAGGCCUACACUGCAGGGCUGUUAUCAUCACAGGUAUCAUCACAGACGCUUUCAGAAACAGAAAGACAAGCCGUUGUGAAGCAAACCAGGCUUUGUCUAUAUAGAUUUAUCUGCGGGUCACGCCAGGAUCCCAAAGGAGACCCAGUUGGGGAUUCCGAAAGCAGGCAUCCAUUCCUUCCCAGGGUGGGGUGGGGGGUGUCUUGUAGGAUUUGCUGCCUGUUAAAAUUGUAAUUUUGCUGCCUGAAGCAGCAUUUAUAUAUCCUGUCGCUUUCAUUUCAUAUAAUAAACCAAGCUUUCUUUAUUCCUUUGGCGUGGGAACUUAUUGUGGGCAUAGGGUAAGGGUAAACAGACAUUCAUAACUGGGCACAGAUUAGAACGCUAGCCAAAUAUGUUUUUUUAAAAAAUAAGAAAAUCAACAAGGUCCAAAGUAAGAGGAGGAACAAGGAAGUGGAAGACAGAGAAAUUCUAUUGGGUGACAGAGAAAAGGCGGAAAUACCACUCAACUCCUCCUUUGUCUCUGUCUU